GUCCAUAAUCACGGUUGUGCCGAUAACACGAGUAGUACUGGUGCUGGGAAUACUAGAUAGAACACUACACAAGAAAGACUACUGCAGCAAACAACAGCUGUAAAAUGCAUCAAACAAGUUUGAAUGAUCCAAUAUCAAAAACUUUCCUUUGUUUGAUAGCUUCGAGAUUAUUGUACGAUACAUUCUAAUUCACGAUUACGAUAAGAUAUGGAAUAGCGAUGAGACCCAAAAGACAAUGGAAGCUGUAAAAUGAGGUUGUAUGAAUGGGAUAACUGAAUGUUGAGUGUUAUAUCUAUUUUACCCCAAGGCCAAGCAUCUAUUGAUGGCGUGUUGCUUCAAAUUAUCCUGUAUAUAUCACUAUGGACUGUCUAUGGGCGUGUUCUUCAUUUAGUUUGCUUGAUUCCAUGCAGGGCGUAUUUUUCUUCAACAUCGUUCAAUGGACUCCGAUCAAGUACCUGGGCUACUCAUAUCCAUUCUGGGCGCACGCCUUCGGCUGGUUUACUGCACUCUCGUCAAUGUUGUGCAUUCCCGGCUAUAUGAUCUGGCUGUGGAGAAAUACUCCGGGAGAUCGCGCCAAUAAAAUUCGACUGAUCGUUCGAAUCGAAGACAGCGUGAGCCAACUCCGCGAGAGAAUGCAAGCCGAUGCCGAGAAGGGCAUGGAACUGUAGAAAAAGACGCUCUGUCCUCCAUUAAACCAUUUCCGCUGGCUUUAUCCAGCGGAUCUUUUGACCACUCGAAAUCAUUAUAUAUAUUAUUCUUUCCUUUCACUGUUCUUUUUAUGCAAUUAUCGAAUCGACCAACCGAUAUAUAUUAAACCAGUUUUUAAAUGUAACGUAAGUAGCAGAUCCAUCUCCCUGGUAAAAAUAUAGUAUGCAUUGUAUUUCAUUCGAACCUAAUCAAUCAUCCGAAUCAUUAACUUUUGAUAGUGAGUGAAACAUUCAAUAGUUAAGAAGUAUACAUCGAGAUAAUAAAUUUCUGUCGACAUGCCUGAUUUAUAUAGCACUUUCUUUUCUAUUAGUAAUUAUAAACUCAUCCUGGGACUUACUUCGGAUUUUUGCUCAGCAUCCAUAAGUAUACAGAAUAACGGACAUAUUUUGUGGUAUGUUGGUGAUCGUUGCUCUUGUAGAGAUUAAUUAAUAAAUUUUU